AUGCUUUCUGAUUAAUUGUAGCGAUCUCUUAGAGAAUUGAUAACCGACGGGUUUUUAGUUCCCGUCCUCGUUACAUUCGCGUCGCCAUAGCGGUCGCUAUGCAAUUCGCCAUGCGGGUUUAUGCAUUGUUUCCUCCUUCAUUUCACGGCACCUUCACGAUCACCAUGAAAGUUGAACAGAGUUCAACUUUUACACGGAUGAAGGAGCAAGGAAAUUUUUAGAAACCAUUACAAUUUUAUAAAUAUUUCCAUUUGCGAUUUCAAAAUUUUACAAAAUGACUACAAAAGUGAUAUCUAUAUAUAGUGCGCCCAAAUCUCCACUGGAUCUGGAAGAAAAAUUAAUUCUUCUAGUUCAGCAACGUCCAGCACUGUACGACAAGAAGGAUCCUGCAUACAAAAAUAGAAACACUCGUGCGGUGAUGUGGGAGGAAAUUGGAAAGCUACUAGGAAAGACAGAGUUCGAUUGUCAACAACUGUGGACAAAAUUACGCAGCCAAUUCAGCGGAUUCCUGCGCAAAUUACGCAAUCCAAGUGGAAAAGAGGACAAGCCACGUCCCUUCUUCCGGCAUGAAGGAGCAAUGCGUUUCAUCCGUGACAUUGUUGACCCGGAUGAAAGUACCGUGUCCAAUCUCGUGACUGAAGAUGAUUCUUCGUUUGUGGAUAUGCAUGGACCGGGGUCGGAGAUCCAGAUUGAAGUGAUUGACGUGGAUAAGCUCCCCGAAGAUUUUGACCCACUCUCAAUUGAAGAGGAGACAGCGACGACUUCUGUACUUGUACCACGGUCACAACCAGCUUUACCAUCGAAGAAACGAAAAUUGGACGCAUUUGACAAAGAGAUGCUGGAUUUGCUCAAAUCAAACGAUGAUGAACACGACAGCUUCGGAAAAAUGUUGGCCCCAAAACUGCGGAGAAUUGCAGAUUUAGACCGGAAAGUAUUUCUCAAUCUUCAGCGCAAAAUCAAUGAUGCAGUGCUUGAUGCAGAAAUAGAACUUCUUGCGUAAUUAUACAGCUCUAAGUCAUUAAAAUGUUUUUAAAUAAUUCUGGCUUGUUAUUCAAAAGUUGCAGUAAAUAAAUCCUUUGUUUUUCAUGAA